AUGAUUUAAUAAUUUUAAGUAAAGGGAAAUAAAUCAACUUAUAUAAUUUAUGAUAAAAUUCUGGGUAAAGGGGCUUAUGGUAUAGUAUUAUUAGCAUAAGCUAUAAAUUCUGGAAGCCAAUUUGCUGCAAAAAUUGUAAAAAAAUAUUAUAUUUCAUUAUUUAAGAUAAACAAAAAAUCACUCAGUCCAACUGAUAUAGUAAAUUUAAGAAAUGAAAUAAACAUUUAAUCUAAAUUGUCUCAUGCUAAUAUUGUUUCAAUGGAUGAUGCAUUUGAAGAUAAUGAAUAUCUCUAUCUGUUGCUUGAAUAUUGUAAUAGAGGAUGCUUAUUUACAAAUAUCCAAUUAAGUGGGCCAUUAAGAGAGGAAAAAGCCUAUAAAUAUUUUAUUCAAAUAGUAUAAGCUGUACAAUAUUUACAUUCUAAUAAAAUUCUUCAUCGAGAUAUUAAAGUAUGUUAAUCUCUUUAUGUUAGCUAUCAAACUUACUAUUAACCAAAGAAGACUAAAUUAAAUUGGCUGAUUUUACAUGGAGUACAUCUUUUUAAAUGGGAUUUGUGACACCUUAAAUAUGUGGAACAAUAGAAUAUAUGCCACCUGAAGUUAUUAAAAAAGGAUUUUAAAAUGAAAAACUAGAUAUAUGGAGUUUAGGAAUAGUACUUUAUGUAUUUUACUUAUUAUACAUUCUAGGAAAUGCUACACAAUGAUCUUCCAAAAAAUGGAUAAAUUUUAAUCAAAAAUGGAAUUAGUGAGGAAUGCAAAUAAUUAAUAAAGCUAAUGUUAGAAGUAGAUACUAGUAAAAGACCUUCAGCUACAGAAAUACUCUCCAGUUCAUGGAUUUAAAGAUAUCAGAGAAAUAACAGGCUUACAAUCAAUACUUGCAGAUGUUUUUCUGGAUUUAAAGAUAAUAUGAGAUCUCCUACUAAAAUUCUUUAAUAAGGUUCACCAAUGGUUUCCCCUUUGAGGGUUGCCUAUGGAUCACCUUUUAGAUCGCCAUUGGCAUCACCUUUAAAUUCUCCAAUGGGGAAGGGUAAAGUCGACUCAAAAAAAGGAUCAAUUGAUCCUGUGUCAAAAUAAAGAUUGAGCACAUUAAAAAUUUACUGA